GGACCAUUUCGCAUUAAAAUGAGGCAGGCCAGUAUCCUGUACUUUUGUCUUGGACUACUGGCUUUGUUCAGUGGUAUUUUGGUGAAAGCAGAAGACGCCUAUAGAUAUUAUACAUGGACGAUAACACAUGGAACAAUUUCUCCUCUUGGUGUUCCUCAAAAGGGUAUCCUCAUCAAUGGACAAUUUCCUGGGCCAACUGUUGAUUGUGUUACUAAUGAUAAUAUAAUUGUUAAUGUCAUUAACAAGUUGGAUGAACCUUUCCUCAUUACAUGGAAUGGGAUUAAACAAAGAAAGACUACAUGGCAAGAUGGAGUGCAGGGGACCAACUGUCCAAUUCCUCCAAACUCCAACUGGACCUACAAGUUCCAAACCAAAGAUCAGAUUGGAACUUUUAAUUACUUCCCUUCUAUUGGAAUACACAGAGUUGCUGGUGGAUUUGGUGGUUUCAAUGUUCAAUCUAGGUCUGUUAUUGCAAUCCCAUACCCCAUACCAGCUGAAGAAUUUACCCUGCUUAUUGGUGACUGGUACAAGGCUGACGACAAGGUAUUGCAGCAAGAACUGGACCAAGGCUUUCCUCUUCCUCUUCCUGAUGCUCUUCUUAUAAAUGGGCUUUCUCAAGGUGCUACCUUCACUGGUGAAAAAGGGAAAACGUACAAGUUCAGGGUUUCAAAUGUGGGAAUUGCAACUGCAAUCAAUUUCAGAAUCCAGGGUCACACAAUGACCCUUGUCGAAGUUGAAGGAGCACACACCAUUCAAGAGGUUUACGAUUCACUUGAUGUUCAUGUUGGUCAAUCUGUAACUGUGUUAGUUACGUUAAACGGUUCACCCAAAGACUACUUUAUUGUUGCCUCUAGUCGUUUCACUAAACCAAUUCUCAACACCACUGGAAUUCUUCGCUACGCUGGUUCCAACACUCCACCUACUUUGCCAUUGCCUAUUGGCCCAACUUAUCAAAUUCACUGGUCUAUGAAACAAGCCAGGACAAUCAGGUUGAAUUUGACAGCAAAUGCAGCCAGGCCUAACCCUCAAGGGUCAUUUCAUUAUGGAACAAUACAAGUUGUCAGGACAGUGAUUUUAGCCAAUACAGCAGCUAAUAUUAGUGGAAAGCUGCGAUAUGCUGUAAACAGCAUCUCCUAUGUGGAUCCAGCCACCCCAUUGAAGCUUGCUGACUGGUUUAACAUUCCUGGUGUCUUUACCUUGAACUCCAUUAAGGAUGCACCUACAAAUGCCCCAGCAGCCUUCGGCACAUCUGUUAUUGGAACUACACUUCAUGACUUCGUUGAAAUUGUGUUCCAGAACACAGAAACGACCAUCCAGUCUUGGCACCUUGAUGGGUAUAGUUUCUACGCGGUUGGGUACGGCUCUGGUGUAUGGACCCCUGAUAAGCGAAAGAAGUUUUACAAUUUGAACGAUGCUGUUUCUAGACACACUGUCCAGGUGUAUCCCAAAUCUUGGAGUGCAGUACUGGUGUCAUUGGACAAUAAGGGAAUGUGGAAUUUGAGGUCUGCAAUCUGGUCAAGACGAUAUCUAGGGCAACAAUUGUAUGUUAGGGUUUGGAACAAUGAACACAGCAUCUUUACUGAGAAUGACAUCCCUCCUAAUGCAUUGUUCUGUGGUUUGGCUAAACACCCAUAAAGAUGUCAUUUACUUCUAUGUAACUUCUAGGGUUCUUUUAUUUUCUUUUCUUUACUUCUGUGUAAC